AUGGCUGCUGCAGCGUGCAAGUGUUUGAACCAGGGUCAGUGUGACGACAAGGGUAAAUGCACCUGCCCGGAGGGAGUCAGGGGGAACCAUUGCCAAUACGUUGUGUGCACACAUCCCUGGGUGAAAAAGAACAAAGUAUGCGAAUGUCAAACCAGACUAGAUGGACCUUACUGCAGGGAAGUAUGCAAUUGCUUGAAUCACGGUCAGUGUACUGAAGAUGGCACCUGCAACUGCCGGAAAGGAUUCCACGGAGACAAGUGUCAGCAUACUUUCCAAACGAACUGCCUGGGUACAGACAAGGCAGUGUACACCUGGACGGCUCUCGCCAGCUUGCCUUGUUAUCCACAACUCGACGAGGCCAGCUGCCAGAAGAAGGCGAACUAUACGAACGCCCACUAUAUGUGCAGGAGAAGAGGCUACAACUUGGUUGACUUUCAUGCCUUCACCAUCCUAACGCUUGGAGUGCGCUACUGCAUGGAAGCAUUGCUCAACGAGAUGAUAGCGAGCAGUUACAGCAGCCCUAUCACAAUAUGGACAUCGUACAAGAGGAAAGGCCAGUAUACCAUUUACAAGCAGGGCAAGAACGACUUAAGAGAAGAAUUACAUGAUAGACAUGGAACAAGCCAUCAUGAUGUCAUCUGCGAAGCCAAGUGGGUCCACAUCAACGACUCAGUAUACGCCGCUGCAACAACAGCAAUCACAACCAUUAUCACUGAGCAGUUUGCAGAGGAGGCAUGUCAGCAGUACGGACUUCACCUCAUAACCGAGGACUGGCUGCAAACACAUCACAGUGUAUUAUUUCGAGAGCCCUGGUUAAAGAAGUUGGCUAUUCUUCAUAAGCCUCGGAACGCACCUUUCCACGUGAAACCAAUCCGGGUGAACGGCCGCUCCCUUUACAGAACCGUAAAAUUUAGACAGCCAAAAAGUCUGAUUUAUCAAAACACCACAAGCACUACGCGAGCCCUAAUCCUCUGUGUCAAGUUCUGUGAGAGCGGUGUUCUUGCGCCAAACCUGACUUGUAUGUGUAACCAUACCACAUCGUACGGAGAAUAUUGUGAAAAGGGUCGUCGUCUACCAAAUGGCGAUGGUCCUGCGCGUAGGAACGAAGGUGUUGGAAUUAUGCUGAACCCAGGGAUGACGGAGGCUUGGAGACGUGCUGGUGAGCAGUGGACCGCUGUAAGUUCGAGAUUGGUUGUGGCCCGUCUCAAGCUCGCGGAGGCGGGGGAACUUCGAGUGCAUGGCGAAUGGCAGAGAAGGAAUGAUUUGUAUGUGACAGUUGUGAGUGCGUACGCACCAACCAGUAAAGCUACUGCACCCGUCAAAGAUCAUUUCUUUACAGAUUUGCAGAGGGUGGUCGAUGGUGUGCCAGCCAGUGAUGUUCUGUUGCUGCUUGGUGACUUCAAUGCUAGAGUUGGCAGCAGCAAUGACGCAGGAGACGAAUGGAGGGCUGUGUUGGGGAGAUACGGUCACGGUGCGCGGAAUGAUGCUGGUGAGCGGCUUCUGAUGUGGUGUGCUACCAACGGGCUGUCUGUAAUGAACACCCAUUUCCAGAAACCUGCGUCGAGGCGUGGGACCUGGAUGCACCCAGCUACGAAGCAAACCCAUCUCAUAGAUUUUAUCAUCAUGAGGCAGCCACACCGUCGCUUUUGUCUUGAUGUCAGCGUAAUGCGAGGUGCCAACUGUUGGACAGACCACCACAUGGUUCGCAGCAGGAUUCUACUUGAUCGUCCAUUGUGCCGCAGGCCUCGCCCUGUGCCGAAACCCGCACCUGUUGCUGUCGGAAAGCUGGGUGACCCGGCCGUUCGCAAGAGCUUUGCUGAACAAAUUUCAGACAAGCUCCCUGAUACUGCUGAUGCGGACACUGCAGCUGACCAAUGGCAAGCGGUGAAGGAUAUAAUGUGCAGUACAGCAGAGGAUGUCCUGGGACCACGGCAACGCAGGCAACCCGACUGGUUUAAGGCGAGUGAGACUGUGCUUCUUCCGCUGAUUGAUAUCAAGAAUUCCGCUGGAGAUGUCAUGUUGCAGAAGAACACCGCGUCUUCACGCAAGAACUUUCGUCAGACACAACGUGAGGUGGAGAAGGCUGUAAGGAGUGCCAAGGAAACUUGGAUUGAAGACAUCGCAUCCCAAGCUGAAAAUGCUGCUAACAAUUGUUCUGUUCGUUGGGCUGCAGUCCGCAAGUUGCAGACGCUCCAUCAAGGCCGCCGUCCAAUGCAGCCGUCUGCUGUGUAUUUGGAAGAUGGCACGUUGAGUGAUGGACCCGAGGCUGUCAGUGGAAGAUGGCUGCAGCACUUUCAGGGUGUCCUGAACGUUGAGAGUGAGUUUGACGCAGCUGUGGUCGAGAUGAUGGCGGAUCGCCCUGUUAUUCCUGAGCUGGACCAGCCACCCACUGCUGCUGAGCUGGAGGCUGCACUGCGGACCAUGAAAGCGGGUAAAGCUGGCGGUCAGUCGGGCAUUCUACCGGACAUGGUCUUACAUGGUGGCAAAGACCUACACAGUCGCAUCCUGACCAUCAUGCGUAAAUCCUGGCUCGAAGGCACUGUAGUCGAUGAUUGGCGUGAUGCAGUGGUUGUGCCCAUCCCCAAGAAGGGAGAUCUACACCACUGUGAUAACUGGCGCGGCAUCAGUCUGUUGGACGUUGUCGGCAAGCUGCUUGCCCGUAUUCUGCAGGACCGCCUCAAAGCUAUCGCUGAAAAUGUCUUGCCAGACUCUCAGUGCGGCUUCAGAAAGGGACGUGGCUGCGUCGAUAUGGUGUACGUCGCACGGCAGUUGAUGGAGAAGACGUUGGAGCAUGAUUCAGAUGCAUAUGUCCUGUUCGUCGAUCUGAGAAAGGCGUAUGACAGUAUCCCGCGUGCAGCGCUGUGGCAGGUUCUCCAAAAGCUUGGUGUUCCGCCGGCAAUGCUCCGCAUCAUUCAGUCACUCCACAACGGCAUGACUGCUUCUGUUCGGGUGGAUGGCAAGCUGACUGACCCGAUAACUGUGCGGAAUGGAUUGCGUCAGGGCUGCACUCUCGCACCAAUGCUCUUCAAUUUGUACUUCUCUGCCGUCGUUGCCAGUUGGAGGUCCAGUUGUCCGGACGCUGGCAUAUGCUUUCGAUAUAAAGUCGGGAGGAAGCUAGUAGGUGACCGAACGGCGAAGGGCAAGCUUCUGUCAUCAACGGUCACAGAAUCCCAGUUUGCUGACGACGCUGCACUCUACGCAACAUCUCGGCCUGCCUUCGAAGCGAUGACUUCCAGCUUCAUCACAUGCGCAAGCAGCUGGGGCCUGACGGUCAGUGUGAGAAAGACCAAGGGUAUGGCUGUGGGUGAGUCUGCUGAUCGCCGUGACGUUGUUGUUGGAGCAGACACGAUUGAGGUGGUGGACCAAUUCAUCUACCUUGGCAGUGUGCUCUCCUCGGAUGGUCUUGCCUGUGCUGAUGUCCGCUCUCGCCUUGCGAAAGCCUCAGCUGUGUUCGGAGCCCUCAAAGCUCCUGUCUUUGAUAACCAGACCCUGUCGCUUCGCAGCAAGAGGCGUGUCUAUGAGGCUGUCGUCCUCACGACCCUCUUGUAUGGUGCGGAGACGUGGACCACCAAGGCAGGCCACCUCCAGAAGCUAAACACGUUUCACCAUCAGUGUGUUCGGUCCAUUGUGGGUAUCGGCCGUCGUCAACAGUGGGAUGAUCGGAUCUCAACGGCCACAUUAGCAGCUACAUUCGGUGUUGACCCUGAUAUCACCCGCAUCAUUCGUCGCCACCGGCUUCCGUGCAAGUGUUUGAACCAGGGUCAGUGUGACGACAAGGGUAAAUGCACCUGCCCGGAGGGAGUCAGGGGGAACCAUUGCCAAUACGUUGUGUGCACACAUCCCUGGGUGAAAAAGAACAAAGUAUGCGAAUGUCAAACCAGACUAGAUGGACCUUACUGCAGGGAAGUAUGCAAUUGCUUGAAUCACGGUCAGUGUACUGAAGAUGGCACCUGCAACUGCCGGAAAGGAUUCCACGGAGACAAGUGUCAGCAUACUUUCCAAACGAACUGCCUGGGUACAGACAAGGCAGUGUACACCUGGACGGCUCUCGCCAGCUUGCCUUGUUAUCCACAACUCGACGAGGCCAGCUGCCAGAAGAAGGCGAACUAUACGAACGCCCACUAUAUGUGCAGGAGAAGAGGCUACAACUUGGUUGACUUUCAUGCCUUCACCAUCCUAACGCUUGGAGUGCGCUACUGCAUGGAAGCAUUGCUCAACGAGAUGAUAGCGAGCAGUUACAGCAGCCCUAUCACAAUAUGGACAUCGUACAAGAGGAAAGGCCAGUAUACCAUUUACAAGCAGGGCAAGAACGACUUAAGAGAAGAAUUACAUGAUAGACAUGGAACAAGCCAUCAUGAUGUCAUCUGCGAAGCCAAGUGGGUCCACAUCAACGAUUCAGUAUACGCCGCUGCAACAACAGCAAUCACAACCAUUAUCACUGAGCAGUUUGCAGAGGAGGCGUGUCAGCAUUACGGACUUCACCUCAUAACCGAGGACUGGCUGCAAACACAUCACAGUGUAUUAUUUCGAGAGCCCUGGUUAAAGAAGUUGGCUAUUCUUCAUAAGCCUCGGAACGCACCUUUCCACGUGAAACCAAUCCGGGUGAACGGCCGCUCCCUUUACAGAACCGUAAAAUUUAGACAGCCAAAAAGUCUGAUUUAUCAAAACACCACAAGCACUACGCGAGCCCUAAUCCUCUGUGUCAAGUUCUGUGAGAGCGGUGUUCUUGCGCCAAACCUGACUUGUAUGUGUAACCGUACCACAUCGUACGGAGAAUAUUGUGAAAAGGCGUGCAAGUGUUUGAACCAGGGUCAGUGUGACGACAAGGGUAAAUGCACCUGCCCGGAGGGAGUCAGGGGGAACCAUUGCCAAUACGUUGUUACAUGCGCUACUCCAUUAGCGCCUACAUUUGGCAAUUUCUCUCUACCGGCUGGUGUAUCAAGCUUUGUCUAUAACACACUGGGAACAUUUGUCUGCAAUCCCGGCCAUCGCCUUGUCGGCCAUGCCACCACACAGUGUUUAGCCCAUGGUGAUGUCAGCAGCACACCGCCCGUGUGCCAGAACAUCAAUGAGUGUACAAAUACCACAUUGCAUACAUGCGAUCAAAAUGCGUUGUGUAGUGAUGUGAUUGGAACAUUCAACUGCAAGUGUAUGGUUGGAUACAUUGGCGAUGGCCAAGCUGGAAAUUGCCACAUUGUUACAUGCGCUACUCCAUUAACGCCUACAUUUGGCAAUUUCUCUCUACCGGCUGGUGUAUCAAGCUUUGUCUAUAACACACUGGGAACAUUUGUCUGCAAUCCCGGCCAUCGCCUUGUCGGCCAUGCCACCACACAGUGCUUAGCCCAUGGUGAUGUCAGCAGCACACCGCCCAUGUGCCAGAACGUCAAUGAGUGUACAAAUACCACAUUGCAUACAUGCGAUCAAAACGCUUUGUGUAGUGAUGUGAUUGGAACGUUCAGCUGCAAGUGUAUGGUUGGAUACACUGGCGAUGGCCAAGCUGGAAACUGCCACAACAUUGAUGAAUGUUUGCCGGCUAGCCCAUGCCAUGUGGAUGCUAGCUGCAUUGAUAAUGAUGGCGGAUACAUGUGUCUGUGCAAGUCAGGUUACCACGGAAAUGGAACUCAAUGUCAAGUUGUGUGCACAAAUCCCUGGGUGAAAAAGAACAAAGCAUGUGAAUGUAAACCGAGACCAGGCGGACCCAUCUGCACAGAAGUGUGCAAUUGCUUGAAUGAUGGUCAGUGUACUGAAGACGGCACCUGCAACUGCCGGAAAGGUUUCCAUGGAGACCAGUGUCAACAUGCUUUCAAGACAAAGUGCCUGGGUACAGAUAAGGCAAUGUACACCUGGAUGGCUCUUGCCAGCUUGCCAUGUUAUCCACAACUCGACUAUGGCAGCUGCCAGAAGAAAACGAACUUCGUGCACGCCCGCGAGAUGUGCGUGAGAAGAGGAUACAACGUCGUAGACUAUAAUUCCUUCACAAAGCUUGGCUUGAAGCUGGGUGUUAGCGACUGCAUAAAAUCAUUGGUGAGCGAGAUGAUGGCUAGACGUAACAGCAGUUACAGCACCCCUCUCAAGAUAUGGACAUCGGAAAUGUACUUUGGUCAACAUCUUAUUUACAAGCAAGGCAAGGACAACUCGAGCGACGCACUAUUUGACGGGGAUGGAAGAGGCAAUCAUGAUGUCAUCUGUGAAGCCAAAUGGCUCCAGGCCAACGGUUCUGUACACGCCGCAGCAACUCCAGCACACAGACCCAGCGUGACUGAGCAGUUCGCAGAGGACGCAUGUCAGGAGUACGGACAUCAUCUCAUUACCAAGGAGUGGCUAGAAGAACAUGGCCAUGUGUUAACAGAGCGCUGGCUAGAGAAGUUGGCCUUAUUGCAUAAGCACCAGCAAGCACCUUACCACGUCGCGUCAAUCCGAGUCAAUGGCCAUUCCCUUUACAGAACCGUAAUGUUUAGCGCGCAAAAGCAGACGUUUCAGAACGCCACAAGCAAAACUCAAGCCCAGAUUCUCUGUGUCAAGACGUGUGAGACCGGUGUUCUUGGACCAGACCUGAGUUGUGUAUGUAACCGCACCUCAACCUAUGGUCAAUAUUGUGAAAAGGCAUGCAAGUGCUUGAAUCAGGGUCAGUGUGACAACAAAGGUGAAUGCAGCUGCCCGAAAGGAUUCACCGGAGACAAGUGCCAACUCGUUGUGUGUACACAUCCCUGGGUGAAAAAGAACAAAGUAUGCGAAUGUACGGCCAGACUAGAUGGACCUAACUGCACAGAAGCAUGCAAAUGCUUGAAUGAUGGCCAGUGCACCGAAGAUGGCACCUGCAUCUGCCGGAAACGUUUCCAUGGAGAUCAGUGUCAGCACAGUUUCAAGACAAAGUGCCUGGGUACAGAUAAGGCAAUGUACACCUGGAUGGCUCUCGCCGGCUUGCCGUGUCAUCCACACCUCGACGGUGACAGCUGCCAAAAGAAAACGAACUUGACGCAUGCCCGCCAGAUGUGCAAGAGAAGAGGAUACGACGUGGUAGACUAUAAUGCCUUCACAACCCUGUCUCUGGGCGUGCGGAACUGCAUGGAAGCAUUGCUUAACAAGAUGAUGUCAAGCAAUUUCAACAACCCUAUCACAAUAUGGACAUCUUUCUUGAGGGAUGGCAAGCAUGUCAUUUACAAGAAGGGCAAGAACAACUUAAGAGAAGAGUUACAUGAUAGUAGUGGAGCAAGUCAUCUUGAUUUCGAGAUGAUGGCGAGCGGUUACAGCAACCCUAUCUCCCUAUCGUCAGGGCAAGAACAAGUUAAGAACAAGUUGAGAGAUGAGUUACAUGAUAGUAGUGGAGCAAGCCAUCUUGAUGUCAAGAUGAUGGCGAGCGGUGACAGCAACUCUAUCUCAACAUCGGCAUCGAUCGAGGAGGAUGACCAAAAUAUCAUGUACCCGCAGAGCAAGAACGAGUUAAGAGAAGAGUUACUUGAUAGUAAUGGAGCAAGCCAUCAUGAUGUCAUCUGCGAAGCCAAGUGGCUUCACGCCAACUCCUCAGUAUACACCACAGCAACGCCAGCGCUGAGGCCCAACGUCACUGAGCAAUUCGCAGAGGAGGCAUGUGAGCAGUACGGACUUCACCUCAUAACCGGGGCCUGGCUGCAAGCACAUGGCCAUGUAUUAAGAGAGAGCUUCCUAGAGAGAUUGGCUAUUCGGCAAGCACCUUACCACGUCAAACCAAUGGUGGUGAACGGCAGCUCCCUUUACAGAACCGUAACGUUUAGCGAGGGAAAACAGAGGUUUGUGAACACCACAAACAAUCACCGAGCCCAAAUCCUCUGUGUCAUGUGCAAGUGUUUGAACCAGGGUCAGUGUGACGACAAAGGCAAAUGCAUCUGCCGGAAGGGAUUCACCGGAGACAAUUGCCAGAAGGUUGUGUGCACACAUCCCUGGGUGGAAAAGAACAAAGUAUGCGAAUGUAAACCCAGACUAGAUGGACCUAACUGCAUAGUAGCAUGCAAUUGCUUGAAUAAUGGUCAGUGUACUGAAGACGGCACCUGCGUCUGUCCGACCGGAUUCCACGGAGACCAAUGUCAGGACACAUGCAACUGUUUGAAUCAAGGUCAUUGUGACGACAAGGGUAAAUGCAUCUGCCCGAAAGAAUUUACCGGUAACAAGUGCCAAUCGGUUGUGUGCACGAAUCCCUGGGUGAAAAAGAACAAAGAAUGUGAAUGUAAACCCAGACUAGAUGGACCUAAGUGCACAGAAGUAUGCCAUUGCUUGAAUCAUGGGAAGUGCGCUGAAGACGGUACCUGCGUCUGCCAGAAAGGUUUCCAUGGAGACCUGUGUCAGCAAAUUGUGUGCACGAAUCCCUGGGUCAAAAAGAACAAAGAAUGUGAAUGUAAACCCAGACUAGAUGGACCUAAGUGCAUAGAAGUAUGCCAUUGCUUGAAUCAUGGGAAGUGCGCUGAAGACGGUACCUGCGUCUGCCAGAAAGGUUUCCAUGGAGACCUGUGUCAGCAGACUCUCAAGACCAUCUGCCCAGGCACAGAUAAGGCAAUGUACUCCUGGAUGGCUCUCGCUGGCUUGCCGGUUCAUCCGCACGCUAACGAGCCCAGCCUCACGGAAAAGGCCAAUCUGAGGCAAGCCCGCCGUUUAUGCCAGCGUCGAGGAUACGACGUGAUCGAUUUUGACGCCUUCACCAACAGGACCAAGGGCGUGCGCGGCUGCAUGGAAGCAUUGCUCCGAAAGAUGAUGGCGAGCACUUACGGCAGCACUAUCACUGUAUGGACGUCGCACGUGUUCAGAGGGGAUCAUGUCCUUUACAAGCAGGACAAGAACAACCAUAGGCAAGAGGUAUUUGACCGGGCUGGAACAACCCUUAAUGACGUCAUUUGCGAAGCUAAAUGGAUUCAUGCUUUCUCCUCAGCAUACGUCGCAGCAACACCGGCAUCGAGACGUGCCGUUACCCAGCCUUUUGCGCGUGAAGCUUGUCAGCAGUAUGGACUAAACUUUAUAACCGUGGACUGGCUGCAAGCACAUGGCCAUGUAUUCAGAGAGCGCUGGCUACAACGAUUGCCUAUAGAGCAUAACUCUCAUCACGGCACCAAGCCCUUCCACGUCGAACCAAUCUCGGCGGAUGGCGAACACCAUUACAGAACCGUAACGUUUAGCAGCGGAAGUCAUACGAUUCACAACGCCCCAAGCAAUGAGCAAGCCCGGAUCCUCUGUGUCAAAUUCUGUGAGAACAAUGGUAUUGCAGCAAACUUGAGUUGUGUGUGUAACCGCACCACAUCCUACGGCGAACGAUGUGAAAAGGCAUGCAACUGUUUGAAUCAAGGUCAUUGUGACGACAAGGGUAAAUGCAUCUGCCCGAAAGAAUUUACCGGGAACAAGUGCCAAUUGGCAUGCAACUGUUUGAAUCAAGGUCAUUGUGACGACAAGGGUAAAUGCAUCUGCCCGAAAGAAUUUACCGGGAACAAGUGCCAAUUGGCAUGCAACUGUUUGAAUCAAGGUCAUUGUGACGACAAGGGUAAAUGCAUCUGCCCGAAAGAAUUUACCGGGAACAAGUGCCAAUUGGUUGUGUGCACGAAUCCCUGGGUGAGAAAGAACAAAAAAUGUGAAUGUAAACCCAGACUAGAUGGACCUAAUUGCACAGAAGUAUGCCAUUGCUUGAAUCAUGGGAAGUGCGCUGAAGACGGUACCUGCGUCUGCCAGAAAGGUUUCCAUGGAGACCUGUGUCAGCAGACUUUUAAGACAAAGUGCCUGGGUACAGAUAACGCAACGUACACCUGGAUGGCUCUCGCCAGCUUGCCGUGUCAUCCAGAACUGGACGGUGACAGCUGCCAGAAGAAAACGAACUUGACGCAUGCCCGCCAGAUGUGCAAGAGAAGAGGAUACGACGUGGUCGAAUUUCAUGCCUUCAUUUCCUGGGCUCUGAAUGUGCGCGACUGCAUGGAAGCAUUGCUCAACGAGAUGAUGGAGAGCAGUUUCAAGAGCCCUAUCACAAUAUGGACAUCUUUCUUGAGAGAGUUGAGGGAUGGUUCCAAGAAGCAUCUCUUGUACAAGCAGGGCAAGAACGGCUUAAGAGAAGAGGUACAUGAUAGAACCGGAGCAGGCCAUCAUGAUGUCAUCUGCGAAGCCAAGUGGCUUCACGACAACAACUCAGCAUAUACCGCAGCAACCCCAGCAUCCAGACGUAUUGUCACUGAGCCAUUCGCAGAGGAGGCAUGUCAACAGUACGGACUUCAGCUCGUAACCGAAGACUGGCUGCGAGCACAUGGCGAUGUAUUAAGAGAGCGCGGGCUCGAGAGGUUGGCUCUGAAGCAUGAACGUGACCAAGCCGCUUACCACGUCAAGGCAAUCCGGGUCGAUGGUGAUUCCCUUUACAGAACCGUAACAUUUAGCGAGAACAAUCAAGAGUUUCACCACACCAGAAGCAAUGACAGAGCCCAAAUCCUCUGUGUCGCAUGCAACUGUUUGAAUCAAGGUCAUUGUGACGACAAGGGUAAAUGCAUCUGCCCGAAAGAAUUUACCGGGAACAAGUGCCAGUCGGUUGUGUGCACGAAUCCCUGGGUGAAAAAGAACAAAGAAUGUGAAUGUAAACCCAGACUAGAUGGACCUAAGUGCAUAGAAGUAUGCCAUUGCUUGAAUCAUGGGAAGUGCGCUGAAGACGGUACCUGCGUCUGCCAGAAAGGUUUCCAUGGAGACCUGUGUCAGCAGACUCUCAAGACCAUCUGCCCAGGCACAGAUAAGGCAAUGUACUCCUGGAUGGCUCUCGCUGGCUUGCCGGUUCAUCCGCACGCUAACGAGCCCAGCCUCACGGAAAAGGCCAAUCUGAGGCAAGCCCGCCGUUUAUGCCAGCGUCGAGGAUACGACGUGAUCGAUUUUGACGCCUUCACCAACAGGACCAAGGGCGUGCGCGGCUGCAUGGAAGCAUUGCUCCGAAAGAUGAUGGCGAGCACUUACGGCAGCACUAUCACUGUAUGGACGUCGCACGUGUUCAGAGGGGAUCAUGUCCUUUACAAGCAGGACAAGAACAACCAUAGGCAAGAGGUAUUUGACCGGGCUGGAACAACCCUUAAUGACGUCAUUUGCGAAGCUAAAUGGAUUCAUGCUUUCUCCUCAGCAUACGUCGCAGCAACACCGGCAUCGAGACGUGCCGUUACCCAGCCUUUUGCGCGUGAAGCUUGUCAGCAGUAUGGACUAAACUUUAUAACCGUGGACUGGCUGCAAGCACAUGGCCAUGUAUUCAGAGAGCGCUGGCUACAACGAUUGCCUAUAGAGCAUAACUCUCAUCACGGCACCAAGCCCUUCCACGUCGAACCAAUCUCGGCGGAUGGCGAACACCAUUACAGAACCGUAACGUUUAGCAGCGGAAGUCAUACGAUUCACAACGCCCCAAGCAAUGAGCAAGCCCGGAUCCUCUGUGUCAAAUUCUGUGAGAACAAUGGUGUUGCAGCAAACUUGAGUUGUGUGUGUAACCGCACCACAUCCUACGGCGAACGAUGUGAAAAGGCAUGCAACUGUUUGAAUCAAGGUCAUUGUGACGACAAGGGUAAAUGCAUCUGCCCGAAAGAAUUUACCGGGAACAAGUGCCAAUUGGUUGUGUGCACGAAUCCCUGGGUGAAAAAGAACAAAGAAUGUGAAUGUAAACCCAGACUAGAUGGACCUAAUUGCACAGAAGUAUGCCAUUGCUUGAAUCAUGGGAAGUGCGCUGAAGACGGUACCUGCGUCUGCCAGAAAGGUUUCCAUGGAGACCUGUGUCAGCAGACUUUUAAGACAAAGUGCCUGGGUACAGAUAACGCAACGUACACCUGGAUGGCUCUCGCCAGCUUGCCGUGUCAUCCAGACCUGGACGGUGACAGCUGCCAGAAGAAAACGAACUUGACGCAUGCCCGCCAGAUGUGCAAGAGAAGAGGAUACGACGUGGUCGAAUUUCAUGCCUUCAUUUCCUGGGCUCUGAAUGUGCGCGACUGCAUGGAAGCAUUGCUCAACGAGAUGAUGGAGAGCAGUUUCAAGAGCCCUAUCACAAUAUGGACAUCUUUCUUGAGAGAGUUGAGGGAUGGUUCCAAGAAGCAUCUCUUGUACAAGCAGGGCAAGAACGGCUUAAGAGAAGAGGUACAUGAUAGAACCGGAGCAGGCCAUCAUGAUGUCAUCUGCGAAGCCAAGUGGCUUCACGCCAACAACUCAGCAUAUACCGCAGCAACCCCAGCAUCCAGACGUAUUGUCACCGAGCCGUUCGCAGAGGAGGCAUGUCAGCAGUACGGACUUCACCUCAUAACCGAAGACUGGCUGCGAGCACAUGGCCAUGUAUUAAGAGAGCGCGGGCUCGAGAGGUUGGCUCUGAAGCAUGAACGUGACCAAGCCGCUUACCACGUCAAGGCAAUCCGGGUCGAUGGUGAUUCCCUUUACAGAACCGUAACAUUUAGCGAGAACAAUCAAGAUUUUCACCGCACCAGAAGCAAUGACAGAGCCCAAAUCCUCUGUGUCAGAUGUAAGUGUUUGAACCAGGGUCAGUGUGACGACAAGGGCAAAUGCACAUGCCCGAAAGAAUUUACCGGGAACAAGUGCCAAACGGAUUUCAAUGAAUGUGCAUCCACUGCACAUAACUGUGACUCAUCAGCAGCCUGCAUAAACACUCUUGGAUCAUUCUCAUGCGCUUGCAACGAUGGUUUCUAUGGAAAUGGAAUCUCUUGUCAGGGUUGUAACUUCCAUGAAUUGAACAUCGCCAGUGUUAACAGAACUACUGGCCAAGUAACCUGUGCAACUGGCUAUACACGUGUUGAAGGCAACUCAGUUGCUACAUGCCCCAAGAACUCAGCAACUGGCAAUUGGGAAGGAGUUGGAAACUGCAGAGCUUUGUGCAGCGAGCCAGCAGCAAUCACCAAUGGUAUUGUGAAUCCGGGAAUUCAAGUUGCUGUUUCUGACUCUUCAGAAAAGUUUUACUCUUCAGCUGUGUAUAAGUGCAAUCAGGGAUAUCGGCUUUCAACAGGCACGAGCAACGUGCUAAGUUGUUCCGUCUUGAGUGAUGUCGCUGAUUUUGGAUCAAUACCAGCUUGUCAAGACGACUGCAAGUGCUUGAACCAAGGUCAGUGUGACAACGAGGGUAAAUGCAUCUGCCCGACAAGAUUCUACGGAGAACAUUGCCAACUCGAGUGCAGAACAUGUCUGAACCAGGGUCGCUGUAAUGAAGACGGCACAUGCACCUGCGCUGAAGGAUGGAUUGGUGACCGGUGCCAGACUCGGUGUGCGGACAUGGACCCAUGCUGCGUGAACAAGCGCAUCGUGACACGCCGGGAUCAGGUCUGCCGCGCCGCCACCAGCGACUGUGACGUGGCGGAGUACUGCGACGGCGAGAAUGCCACAUGUCCACAGGACCUGACCGCACGCAACGGCUGGCCUUGCUCCAAUAGUCAAGCAUCCUGCUGGAGUGGAGUUUGCCAAUCACGAACUGGCCAGUGUCAGAGUGUCUGGAACGAUAUGGAUCAAGGGUCAGCUCCUGAGGAUUGCUUUGCAAUCAUGAACGUAUUUGGAGAACGUACGGGUAACUGUGGUUUCAAAUCGUCCAAUUCCACCCCAGGAACCUAUGCAGCCUGUGCGGCUGGAGAUGCCCUAUGUGGUAGUUUGUUCUGCCUUCCAGUUGCUCGAAAGAACCAACCCAGUAGUGGCGUUCUGUCCCAAACUAUUCCCGUACGCGGCGUUGGCGGUGUACUCAGGUGCAAUGGUUUGUACGCGUCCCCGCCAAGAAACCACGAUGACCCAUCGCUCGUGAAGGACGGAACACGCUGUGAUGCCAGCGGCGCUAACAAGGACCUCGUGUGCCACAAGCAACGCUGCGUGGACCAGUCUCGAGUCACCAGUCAGUGUUCGGUCGAUGCUGACAGCGGCAAAGAGUGUGGUGGAGUCGGUGUCUGUACAAAUGCAACAACCUGCCUUUACCAACCCACACCUGGCAAGUUUUUUUUUCACUGA